GAGUGGCAACCCCAGUCGCGGUUGCGAUCGCGUAGUUUCGUUUACAUAUUUGCUGGCUGUUUUCGCGCAUAUUAUGGAUUUGUUUUUGCGGCUGCCUGGAGGAGCGUGAAAACGCUGCUCGGCUGCUGAGGAAAGCCAUCGGGAAAAGCGGUGCACCAGAGAAAAGCCAACUGUUCCGCGGCCCCUGUGCGCGCGUGUGUGGGUGCAAGCGUCGGCGUGUCGGUGAUCGCGUGGGCGUGUGUGCGUGUCGUGUCACCACUUGUGGCAAAUAUUUGAAGAUUUGCAUUGCGGAGGAAAGUGCCAGAAAGUGAGUGCCAGGCGCCGCCCCCCGCGCUUCCGCCGCCCGCAGCAGCCGCCUUCCCUGGCAACCGCCGCGCCUGCGUCCCGGGGCCACACGCGCUCUGCGCCGCCUGCCUACGUGUCCGGAAAUCCCCCCCAGAAAUGUGGGUCUGCUGCCUAGUCCUCCUGCUGGGCUGCGCAGCCGCGGAGGUCAGCGAGGUGCGGGUGGUCCAGGAGGUGGACAACUUCCUGGAGAAGCCGCACUACCUGCGCAACGAGGAGAUCGGCGCGCUCUUCGGCCAGCUGGCCAGGGACUACCCCGACCUGGCGCAGAGCUACUCGAUAGGCAGCUCCCUGGAGGACCGACCCCUGCACGCCCUGGCCCUGAGCGGCCCCACCGGCGAGUCCCGGGACGGGGACCUGCUCCGGCCCAUGGUGAAGCUGGUGGCCAACAUCCGCGGCGACGAGGCCGUGGGGCGCCAGAUGGUCCUCUACCUGGCCGAGUACCUGGCCACCCACUACGACGGCGACGCGGCGGUCCAGGCGCUGCUCAACCGCACCGAGGUCCACUUUCUGCCCACCUGCAACCCCGACGGCUUCGCCAGGGCCCAGGAGGGCCGUUGCGAGUCGCUGCCCAACUACGUGGGACGCGGCAAUGCGGCCAACGUCGACCUGAACCGCGACUUCCCCGACCGCCUGGAGCAGAGCCAUGUCCACCAGUUGCGCGCCCAGUCCCGUCAGCCGGAGACGGCGGCGCUGGUCAACUGGAUCAUCAGCAAGCCGUUCGUGCUCUCCGCGAACUUCCACGGAGGCGCCGUGGUGGCCAGCUAUCCCUACGACAACUCGCCGGCUCACAACGAGUGCUGCGAGGAGAGCCUGACCCCGGACGACCGGGUCUUCAAGCAGCUGGCCCACACCUACUCGGACAACCACCCCGUGAUGAGGAAGGGCAACAACUGCAACGACAGCUUCGCGGGCGGCAUCACCAACGGAGCCAACUGGUACGAGCUGUCCGGCGGCAUGCAGGACUUCAACUACGCGUUCAGCAACUGCUUCGAGCUGACCAUCGAGCUGUCCUGCUGCAAGUACCCGGCGGCCAGCACUCUGCCCCUGGAAUGGCAGCGCAACAAGGCGGCGCUGCUGCAGCUGCUCCGGCAGGCGCACAUCGGCAUCAAGGGCUUGGUGACGGACGUCAGCGGCUUCCCCAUCCCGGAUGCCAGCAUCUACGUGGCCGGACUGGAUGAGAAGCCGAUGCGCACCUCGAAGCGCGGCGAGUACUGGAGGCUGUUGACCCCGGGCCUGUACAGCGUGCACGCCGCCGCCUUUGGCUACCAGAGCAGCGCCCCCCAGGAAGUGCAGGUGACCAACGAGAACCAGGAGGCCCUGCGGCUGGACUUCAAGCUGACGCCCGUCGAGACGAACUUUGCUGGCAACUUCCGGAAGGUGAAGGUCGAGCGCUCGGAGCCGCCGGAGAAGCGCAAGGAGCAGUACCACGGAUUCCUGACCCCCACCAAGUUCGAGCACCACAACUACACGGCCAUGGAGAGCUUCCUGAGGGACAUGGCCGCCAGCUACCCCUCGCUCACCCGCCUCUACAGCAUUGGCAAGAGCGUGCAGGGCCGCGACCUCUGGGUGCUGGAGAUCUUCGCCACGCCGGGCUCCCAUGUGCCCGGCGUGCCGGAGUUCAAGUACGUGGCCAACAUGCACGGCAACGAGGUGGUGGGCAAGGAGUGCCUGCUGCUGCUCACCAAGUACAUGCUGGAGCGCUACGGCAACGACGACAGGAUAACCAGGCUGGUCAACGGCACCCGGAUGCACUUCCUGUACAGCAUGAACCCCGACGGCUAUGAGAUCUCCAGGGAGGGCGACCGCACCGGCGGCGUUGGCCGGGCGAAUGCCCAUGGCAUUGACCUGAACAGGAACUUCCCGGACCAGUACGGCACGGACAGGUACAACAAGGUGACGGAGCCCGAGGUGGCCGCCCUGAUGAACUGGACGCUCUCCCUGCCCUUCGUGCUGUCCGCCAACCUGCACGGUGGCUCCCUGGUGGCCAACUACCCGUUCGACGAUAACGAGAACGAUUUCAACGACCCCUUCAUGAGGCUGCGCAACUCCAGCAUCAACGGGCGCAAGCCCAACCCCACGGAGGACAACGCUCUGUUCAGGCACCUGGCCGGGGUCUACUCGAAGGCGCACCCCACCAUGCACUUGGCCCAGCCGUGCUCGCUCUUCCCCAACGAGUACUUCACCGAUGGCAUCACCAACGGUGCCCAGUGGUACAGUGUCACCGGGGGCAUGCAGGACUGGAACUAUGUGAGGGCCGGAUGCCUGGAGCUGACCAUCGAGAUGGGCUGCGACAAGUUCCCCAUGGCCGCAGAGCUGCCGCAGUACUGGGAGGAUCAUCGGGAGCCGCUGCUGCAGUUCAUAGAGCAGGUGCAUCAUGGCAUCCAUGGCUUCGUGCACAGCUCCAUUGGCACCCCGAUCGCGGGGGCUGUUGUCCGCCUGGAUGGAGCGAACCACUCGAGCUACAGUCAAACGUUCGGCGACUACUGGAAGCUGGCGCUGCCGGGUCGCCACAAUCUCACCGUUCUGGGCGACAACUACGCUCCGAUGCGGGUGGAGGUGGAGGUGCCCGAUGGCGAGCCCUUUGAGAUGCGCAUGGACGUGACCCUCAUGCCCGACGACCCGCAGCACUGGGCCUCCGCCAACGACUUCAGGAUCAUCGAGAACGUGGUCAACACGCGGUACCACACCAAUCCCCAGGUUCGAUCCCGUCUGGCGGAGCUGGAGAACGAGAACGGGCAGAUUGCCAGCUUUGGUUAUGCGGAUAACGAGUUCAGCAGAUACUUCAACAACUUCAAGAUGACCUCUGAUAUUGGCGAGCCCGAGGAGCACAAGUACAAGCUGCUGGUGGUCAGCUCCCUGUUCGACACAGCCGCCCCCCUGGGCAGGGAAAUCAUGCUCAACCUGGUGCGGCACCUGCUCGAGGGCUUCAAGCUGCAGGACGCCACUGUGCGGAAUCUUUUGAAGCACAGUGUUAUCUACUUCCUGCCGCAGACCAGCAAGUUCGACGAUGUCUUCAACAUGUACAAUGCCAACUCCUCCGUUUGCGAUCCCGUCCUGGGCGAUGAGCUGGCAGAGCGCCUUCUCAACCCGGAGACGGACCAGGCCAAGGACGUGUUCCUGCAGUUCCUGCGCAGCGAACGCUUUGAUCUGAUGCUCACCUUCGGUGCCGGCAGCUCGGAGCUGAGCUAUCCCAAGGGCGACCAGGUGCUGGAAAAGUUCGCCCACGAAAUGCAGCGAACCGAGUUCAACUACUCGCCCCUGCAGUGCCCCCCAUCCGCCACGAGGCAGGCGCAUCGCGAGACCACGGACAGGCUAACCAACAUGAUGUACCGCAUGUACAACCUGCCGGUGUACACCUUGGGCCUCUCCUGCUGCCGGAUGCCGCACCACAAGCAAAUCGCCUCCGUGUGGCGCAAGAACAUCGACAAGAUCAAGAACUUCCUGGCUCUGGUGAAGACGGGAGUGACUGGCUCGGUGCAGAACGACCAGGGACAGCCGCUGAGGGAGGCCUUUGUGCGGCUGCUGGAGCACGAGAGGAUCAUCAAUGUGACGAGGAAUGCGGCGCGCUUCCAGCUGAUGCUGCCCCACGGCCUGUAUGGCCUGGAGGUGACCGCGCCCAACUACGAGACGCAGAUGAUCAAGGUGGACGUGCGGGAUGGCCAGAUAACGGAGCUGGGCAUCAUACGCAUGCAUCCGUACACGCUGCUCCGCGGCGUGGUCAUGGAGCUGCCCACCAAUGGCAACAGGGCCACCACUAGCAUUGCGGGCGUGGUGCUGGACGAGAGCAAUCACCCGGUGCGGAAUGCCAAGGUCUCGGUGGUGGGCCAGACGCAGCUGAGGAACUUCACCAACAGCAUGGGUCAGUACCACAUAUCGGCGGUGCCCCUGGGCAACAUUGCGCUGCGAGUGGAGGCGCCGCGUCACCUGGAGGCCACGCGACAGAUGCACCUGGUUCAGAGUGGCCUGCCCACCGAGAACGUGGUCUUCCACCUGAAGGCCAACGAGCACGUCUUCGGACUGCCCCGCCUGCUGUUCAUCCUGCUGGCCAGUAUUUUGAUCAUCGUCGGCGUGGUGGUCUGCGUGCUGUGCGCCCAGUUCUGGUUCUACCGACGUCACCGGGGCAACAAGCCGUACUACAACUUUUCGCUGCUGCCGCAGAAGAGCAAGGAGCAGUUCGAUCUGGACGACGACGAGGCGGGCGACGAUGGGGAGACGGAGCUCUUCCGGUCGCCAAUUAAGCGUGGCAUGACCAUUCAGCCGUACUUCGACGAGGAGCAGCUGGAGCGCAUCCUGCACACGGACGACGAGGACGACGAUGGGCCGCACAUGGAGCCGGAACUGGACGUGGCCGACGACAGUGGCGACGAGAUAGUGAUGCUGCACAACCACGGCAACAAGCGCCGGCACUAGAUGUCGCCUCGAUCCCAUCAAUCGCCACCAAUCUCAGCUGUCCCAACCAGGAGCCAGGAAGUAGGAACCAGGAACCCCUCGAACCACGAUCCAUGAUCCACUGCAACUACACGACAACCACACACAACAUAACUGUGAUUCAAAACGUUUUCAAGAGAAACCAACGCAAGCAUUGCUCUACCUUUUUUUUUAUUUUGUAUAAUAUAUACAUAUACAUACCCUUAAAUGUAACCUAAUAUUCGAUAUACAAUGAUGCGAUCUGCGUCGGCGCUUCACAUCACAAUCGUCAGCUUUAAAUAGAGAAUGUUGUGCUCCGAACUCCGAACUCCGACCCCCACCCACUCGGCGAAUCUCUCUCCCCAGUCCUUGUAGCCCGAUCAUAUAGAUAUAUACAAUACUUAUCUGUCCAGCCAGAGCACAGCAAGCGCAACCGAAACCUAACUUAAGACUGAGAGCCUUGCUACUCUGGCGAAGAGAAAUGAUGUUCUGAGAGAUACGAAACACGCGAAUCUUGGGAAACAGAAUCAGCAGGCCACAGCCGAGUGCCUACAGAGCGGUUCGAGUUGCCAAGUGGCCUAAUGUCUUGCUUAAAUAUUUAAAAUGUACCUAGUAAUAGUUCAAUUCUAAUGUGAAUGCUUAAGCAUACCUAUUUAUUCUGCUGGGGAAUGGCGAUGUGAACUUUAAACUGCUCAAAAGCUGUUGGUUGUAAAGAUCACUUUCAAUCCUAGUACUUAAUUUAGUAAAACUGGCCUGCAAAUCCAUAUGUCUUAUAGAUAGUGCCACAAACGACAACCCUAUGUACGCAUAGACCUGGCAGUCUAUUCAUAGCUUCCAAAACCCAAUACUUUACAAGAACAGCUGGAAAAAGAAAAGGAAAUGCGCAGCUUGCUUAGGGAGAUCAUAACAAACCAGUUAACAGCUUUUGUAAUAUUUUCUUGGAUAUGUCUAACUUAUUAAACACGAAUAUACAAAAAAACAUGCGAAUACUGCACGAUUUUAGCUAUACAGAGCACAGCAAGACAAAGAAGUGAGAGAGGAGGAGAACCUACAUAUUCCACAAGGUGCAGCAUUUACUUAUAUGAAUAUACACACUUAUAUCGUAUACAUAUCCACAAAUAUGGCAAUUAAAACUAUGUAAGCAUUAUCUCAAUAAAUUAAUAAUGUACCUACGAA